UGUACAGAGUGGUGGUAAUUGGGUAGAACAUUUUAGGGAGGAUAGGAAGGUGGCUAGGAAGUUUGAUAAGCUUGCCUAUAGCAGAGAAUUUUCAGGAAACACUUGAAGGCUUGUUGUACAAGGUGGGAACAAUCUACACAGUGAUUGCAGCCCAGAAAUGAGAGCAGACCAAGUAGUCACACCACAACCUGCUCCACAGUGUGUGACACCACAACCUGCUGCUCCUCAAAUUUUGACACCACAAGCUGCUGCUCCACAGUGUGUGACACCACAACCUGCUCCUCCUCAGAUUGUGACACCACAAGCUGCUGUUCCACAGUGUGUGACACCACAACCUGCUCCUCCUCAGAUUGUGACACCACAAGCUGCUGUUCCACAGUGUGUGACACCACAACCUGCUCCUCCUCAGAUUGUGACACCACAAGCUGCUGUUCCACAGUGUGUGACACAACAACCUGCUCCUCCUCAGAUUGUGACACCACAACCUGCUGCUCCACAGUGUGUGACACCCCAACCUGCUCCUCCUCAGAUUGUGACACCACAACCUGCUGCUCCUCAAUGUGUAACACCACAGCCUGACAUUCCUCAAUAUGUUACACCACAACCUUUUGUCCCUCAGUCUUACCAGAGCUCUGUGAAGGGAGGACGCAAGAACUAGAGGCACCACCAGUGAGGAAGAUUGGCCCUGCCACCAUACAGUUACUUGAGCAAAUUGAAUGCAUGUUACAUGAUUUGAUUCCUAUAAUCAUGUUACCAAUACAAUUCAGCUUAAAUUAAAUGAAUCAAAGCAUUUUGUGUCUGUAUUCUGUUAUACUAUACAUGCAGCAUGAACAA